AUGGAGUACAAGGCCAUGUUGAGGACUCAAGGGCAAGGAAACAUGGCUCAAACUGUACCCAAGAUCACUCAAGUGGCUGGUUUUAAUGGAGAUGAGUUUAUCAGUUUCAAGGACUUCGUGGGAGUGCACAAAAAGAGUGAUGAGGAUGGACAUUUAGAACAGUUUAAGCACAUUCGACCUCAACUCUUGGAGUGCAAGAAAAUGGAAGGAGAAGUGAACACCGACAAUAUGGUUGACAUGGAUGAAUUCAUGAACAUGAUGAACUAUUAA